UCUCUCCAAAUAGACAAACAGAGCGCAUAUAUUCAUUUCCUGUUAAAAUCUCGCUACGAUUUCGGAGGUCUACUCCCGCUGAUCUCAAUGGCAAACACUUUGAGAUUGUACUUGACUUGUAUACGCAACACUCUCGAUGCUGCUAUGUGCCUCCAGAAUUUUCCUUGUCAAGAAGUUGAAAGGCAUAACAAGCCAGAAGUUGAGUUAAAGACCAGCCCAGAACUUCUGCUAAAUUCUGUUUUGAUAUGUCGAAAUGAGGCUGAAAAAUGCUUGAUCGAGACAUCUAUUAAUUCCCUUCGUAUAAGCCUGAAGGUAAAGCAGGCUGAUGAACUUGAAAACAUACUAACUAAAAAGUUUCUUAGAUUUUUGUCGAUGAGGGCAGAAGCAUUUCAGGUAUUGAGAAGAAAGCCUGUACAGGGUUAUGACAUAAGCUUUCUUAUAACAAAUUAUCACUGUGAAGAGAUGCAGAAGCACAAGCUAAUUGAUUUUAUUGUACAGUUUAUGGAGGAUAUUGAUAAAGAGAUUAGUGAGUUAAAGAUGUCAGUGAACACACGAGGCAGGCUGGUGGCUACUGAGUUUCUUAAACAAUUUAUCUAACAGUGGAUUACUAAAUUGUAUAUGAAUCCAUUGGUAAUUGUUUGCAUUUGAGACAAUUUUGGCCAAGGCUUGUAUUGGCUGAAUGAUCUAGUUUGACUGUUUAAGUUGUACAACAUUCUAUUCUUUUAUGGGUUGACCUUGUUCCAAGAUUCUUUUGUUUUAUUAUUUAUAUUAUUUAAAAAAAAAAAAAUUCUGG